GCGAGCGUACAAGUGCAAAGUGCAAAGUGCAAAGUGCAAAGACAGAAAACAAGACCCCUUAACUAAAGCCAGUAAAUGAAGAAGGCGAAGAAGAGUGGCGAAGAUAAUGGGGGAAAAUUGAGGGGCGCGGAGAGGUCAGCGUACUUCGCACGGCGAGAGACAGCGAAGGUGUUGAGAGUGGUUCUGGAGGGAGACGCCAAGCGCCGCGCCCUUGCCUCCAUCAAAUCCCUCGUCUAUCAACCUUCCAUUCGAAACAAGAAGGCCACCUUCGCUCUCCUCUGUCAAACCCUCAAACAUCUUCCCAUCAUCAAGGAUGUCCUCCAAGCUGCUUCCAUUCUCAACACCAAGUGGAAGAGGCAGCCAGAAUUGAUUUAUAUCAUUGUCUAUGAUAUCCUUUUCGGCCAGGCGGUUUCACUUGUUGGUGAUGCAGAGAAGUUCCUUAUGCGCCACCAAGAUGCCCUGCGUUCAACUCUCAAACAGCUUUUGUUGCAGAGAAAUGUCAAGACAGUUAAACAGUUGAUUGAUCUGCAUCAUGGUCCUGAUGUUUCUGUACCUCGAUAUGUUCGUGUCAAUACACUUAAACUGGAUGUUGAUUCUGCCUUUCUUGAACUUAAGAAACAAUACUCGGUUCAAAAGGAUAAUUUACUGCCUGACUUGCUGAUACUCCCUCCAGGCACUGAUUUGCAUGAUCAUCCUCUUGUCAAGAAUGGAAGUAUCUUUAUGCAAGGUAAGGCAAGUUCUAUGGCAGCACCAGCCCUUAGCCCUGAACCAGGAUGGGAGGUUCUUGAUGCAUGUGCAGCACCGGGAAACAAAACUGUUCACCUUGCUGCCCUUAUGAAGAGUAAGGGUAAGAUUAUAGCAUGUGAGCUGCAAAAGGAAAGGAUUAGGCGUUUGAAAGACACUAUAAAGCUAUCUGGUGCUUCUAACAUUCAAGUCCUCAAUGGGGAUUUCUUGAGCAUAAAUCCCGAGGAUCCUUCAUAUUCUAAGGUAAAAGCUAUUCUCUUGGAUCCUUCCUGCUCUGGUUCUGGUACUGCUGCUUCAAGACUGGACCAUCUACUCCCAUCUAAAGCAGAAGGUAUGGAUACGGAUAUGGGAAGAUUGAACAAGCUUGCAACUUUCCAGAGAAAGGCUCUUCAGCAUGCUUUACUUUUUCCAGCUGUUGAAAGAAUUGUAUACAGUACAUGUUCAAUCAACCAGAUUGAGAAUGAAGAUGUCAUCAAAUCUGUUGUGCCUAUAGCCGAAUCAUAUGGAUUUCAACUGGCAAAGCCCUUCCCCGAGUGGGAAUGCCGUGGUCUUCCAGUGUUUGAAGGCUCUGAAUGCUUGGUUCGGACAGAUCCUGCUACGCAUGGCGAGGGUUUCUUCAUUGCUUUGUUUGCUAGGAAAGAUGCUUACUUGUGGUCGAACAAAAAAGAAACUAGAAUUUCCCACAGCCCUUCCAAAAUUAAAAACGCACGAAGAAAGAAGAAAACUAUACCGUUCGUUAGCACCAACCCGUUCAGAAUGUGGCUAUAUGAUCAACUGAAUUAUCGUAGCGGUCGAAAUUGUAGGUAGAGAAGAGGUGGUUAAGUUAAAAAAAUUGUACUGCCUCUAUCGAUGUCCAUGUAAAACCCAUUUAGAAAAUGCAUUAAAUUGAUUUUUAUUCA